GCAGGUGAGGGGGCGGGGCGGGCCCGCGGUCCCUGCAUCCGGAGCCCCUGGGGACCCCGAGAUCCUCAGGAUCCGCCCCGGCCCCGGGGCCACCCCAGGACUCCCUCUCAGCUCUUCCCCUGGAGCCCCUGCCCCCGAGACCCCCUCAGGAUCCGCCCUGCCCCUCCAGGCCCGCGAACCCCGAAACUCCAAGAUUUUCUCUGGACUCCGAGACCCCCUGAGGACCCCGGCCGCUAGUGGGCCCUGAGAACUGUUGGUUCUGGAAACUCUCGAGGUUCCCUUGGGACUUGCUUCCAGCAACCUCCUCAGAAGCCCCCAGGCCCGGGGCAUCUUCCUGGGGGGAGCCGUGGUUCCCAGUGUCCUUAGCCCCGCGAGACCCCGGGUCCCCGUGCCGCCUACCCUGAGGCUCCCUCUCCGACCUGAUCUCAGGGCUAGGUUUCUCCAACUUGAGGUCCCUGGACCUGCGGGGCGUGGGUGGAAGUGUUCCCAGGGCUGGUGAUAACUUAAGACGGUAACAGCGCGCCCGACGACCACCUCCUAAGCUGUGGUCCCCGCGCCUGCAGGCUCCAGGAAUUGACACUGGAAAUAGAGAUGAGACGGUCCUUGCUGUCAGGGCCUAGGGACCUGGGGCAUAAGACAAGUAUGCAUCAGUAUUAAAGUCUAGAGGCCCAUCUGCCUAUUGAGGUUGGACUCCGUGUGGUUGUGUUUGAAAUACUGUGUGAGGAGCCAGCACCAGACCUGCAGUUCAGGCUGAGAAGGAGGUUUGGAGCACUUAAGCGAGCCACAGACCACCCAGGAGGGCGAGCUGUGGCCUGUCUGUCACAGCAGUGUCCCAAGAGACAGCGAAAACCCCAGCUCGGAGCCCACAGAGCCCAUCCUUCAUCUGCUCCUGUGUGUGCGUUUUCCUUCUGUGCUGUCCCGUGUAGAACAGCGAGAGUCCGACCAGCCUGAUGAGUCACAGGAGAUGAGGAAUGGUGCCUUAGGAAGCAUUUUGGAUAAUUCACAGAUGGAUUCAGUGGAAAAGACAACAAAUAGAAGUGAACAAAAAUCCAGAAAGUUUUUAAAAAGCCUCAUCCGGAAACAGCCCCAGGAACUGCUCCUGGUUAUUGGGACUGGCGUCAGCGCAGCAGUGGCCCCCGGAAUCCCUGCCCUUUGCUCGUGGAGAAGCUGCAUCGAGGCCGUCAUCGAGGCUGCAGAGCAGCUGGAGGUGCUGCACCCCGGAGACGUCGCCGAGUUCCGGAGGAAAGUGACGAAGGACCGGGACCUGUUGGUUGUCGCCCAUGAUCUGAUCCGGAAGAUGUCACCUCGCACAGGCGAUGCCAAGCCCAGCUUCUUCCAGGACUGCCUGAUGGAGGUGUUUGACGACCUGGAGCAGCACAUCCAGAGUCCUCUGGUGCUGCAGUCGAUCCUCAGCCUGAUGGACAGGGGCACCAUGGUCCUGACCACCAACUAUGACAACCUGCUGGAGAUCUUUGGCCAGCAGCAGAACAAGCCCAUGGAGUCUCUGGACUUGAAGGACAAGACCAAGGUCCUUGAAUGGGCAAGAGGGCACAUGAAGUACGGCGUCCUCCACAUUCACGGCCUCUACACGGACCCCUGCGGGGUGGUGCUGGACCCAUCGGGGUAUAAAGACGUCACUCAAGACGCAGAAGUCAUGGAAGUCCUCCAGAACUUAUACCGCACCAAGUCCUUUCUGUUUGUGGGCUGUGGGGAGACCCUUCGUGAUCAGAUAUUCCAGGCCCUCUUUCUUUACUCCGUGCCGAAUAAGGUGGAUUUGGAGCACUACAUGCUUGUGCUGAAGGAGAAUGAAGACCAUUUCUUUAAGCAUCAGGCAGAUAUGCUUCUGCACGGAAUCAAAGUUGUAUCCUACGGGGACUGUUUUGACCACUUUCCAGGAUAUGUGCAAGACCUUGCCACUCAGAUCUGCAAACAGCAAAGCCCAGAUGCUGAUCGCGUGGACAGCACCACAUUAUUGGGUAAUGCAUGCCAGGACUGUGCAAAGAGGAAGUUAGAAGAGAAUGGAAUUGAAGUUUCCAAAAAACGCACACAAUCAGAUACUGAUGAUGCUGGAGGGUCUUGAAAUCUUUACAGUAAAACCUGCAACUUGAAAACUAGCCUUCUGUAACCACAGUGCCCAAACGAAGAGGAAUGUAUGGAGAACUCCACGUGGAUCUCUGAUUGCGAAACCGUCACAUACACCAAGAGAGCCACAUGGGCAUGUGGCCCUCAAGGCUGGGUGAGAGGGCUCCCCUGUGUGUUGAACUAUGCAGGAGGGUGACGCGGACACAUUUCAGGUGGACUUUGCAAGGACUGAUGGAUAGCUACCUCAGGGACCAGAAUCCGUGGGAAGGGAUGGACCUGGUGUUCCCGUUCCCAUCUGACAGGCUCUCUUUUGUCAAGGUGGUAUUUUUCGUAAUAAAAGGGGAAGAGUAAAGACUGUCCAAGCAACAGUAGUUGCCAAAGAGAAAAUACGAAAUAGACACUUUUUUUUUUUUUGAGUCAGAGUCUCACUCUGUCACCCAGGACAGAGUGCAGUGGUACGAUCUCAAGCUCACUGCAGCCGCCACCUCCUGGGCUCAAGUGAUUCUCCUGCCUCAGCCUCCCGAGUAGCUGGGAUUACAGGCGUCCACCACCAUGCCCAGCUAAUUUUUUUAUUUUUAGUAGAGUUGGAGUUUCACCAUGUUGGCCAGGAUGGUCUCGAACUCUUGACCUCAGGUGAUCCGCCCGCCUUGGCCUCCCAAAGUGCUAGGAUUACAGGCAUGAGCCACUGUGCCCAGCAGAAUAAACACAUUUUAUAAUUUGUAUGUGGCAACAUGUUACUAUAGAAAGCAUUUUAAAGGUACGUUUUAAAGGUCCACUGUUAAAUAGUAAAGAAUGAACCCGCUAGCGAAAAUGUUUUUAGGGAGAACAGCUGGAUCAAAAGGGCUUCUUUGGAAUUAGGUUGUUUUAGUAACUUCUGUUCCAAAGAAACACAGGUCUGAUAUUGCUAAGAACUGAAAUCGGAGGAGCCAGAGGCCCUUUUCAGUCCAGGCCAGCAUUGUGCAUGGCCACUGUGGGACUGACAACCGGGAUAGCUCAAGUUCGAAAGACCAGGUUUCAAACAUCAUAAGUUCCAGGCUUUGCAAGUCUUUAUUCUCUGGGGUAAGAUCCAGUCUUUCUGUUACUGUCUCUUAAAAUUCUCUUCCAUGGCCCACAUUAAGGGAGUUUGCAGAGAGUGAGGGAGACAAAACUUGAAAAGGGCCUGCAACACUUUAAACCUUCUCAGGUUCACCCACAUGAAACGGCUGUGCUGAGUGUGCUGCCGGUGCCCGGGGAGCUUCUCUGACUGUGACCCGGCAGAGGUUUCUGUGGCGGUGCAUGAGCGGCCCUACAGUGGAGGGUUCUCUUUGGAAACAAACAGCCCUGCUUGGUUUCAGUUUGAGGCCACUUAUCUUCAAUGUGACAUUUCUUGCCAAGCCCUGUGACACUCCCCAUUGAUGACUCCCAUAAGUACAGAUAAAGUUAAGAACAGGAAACAGAAGGGUAGGAUGCAUAGGGAGGGAGAGAAGCCCUGAAAACUUUUUUUUUCUUUUUGAAGCAUGGAAAACAAAUCUUUUAUGCCACUCCAGCCAUAAAUAAAAUUUUAACUUCAA